AUGGCGAAUGAGAAGAUGCUUCCAGCCCAAGAGGCUGCCAAAAUCUACCACACCAAUUAUGUGAGAAAUGCCAGGGCCAUCGGCGUCCUGUGGGCUGUUUUCACCAUAUUCUUCGCCAUCAUAACGGUGGUGGUCUUCAUUCAGCCCUACUGGAUCGGUGACAGUGUUAACACGCCGCAGGCUGGAUACUUUGGGCUUUUUCACUACUGUAUUGGCAACCCCAUCACCUCCGAAUUGGUCUGUAAAGGAAGUGUGUUUGAUUUUGGUUCGAUCCCCUCUGGGGCUUUCAGGACUGCUAUGUUUUUUGUAGGCACCUCAAUGCUCCUUAUUGUGGGCACCAUUGUGUGCUUGGGUCUUUUCUUCUUCUGCAACUCCGCAAGUGUGUAUAAGAUAUGCGCAUGGAUGCAAACAUCUUCAGCUGUGUUGAUGGUGAUGGGUUGUAUGAUUUAUCCGGACGGCUGGGAUGCUCCGGAGGUAAAGCGGAUGUGUGGCGAGAGGACGGACAAGUACACGCUGGGGAACUGCACCGUUCGGUGGGCCUAUAUUCUAGGCAUUAUCAGCAUCCUGGACGCAGCGUUACUGGCACUGCUUGCCUUCACUCUGGGCAACCGGCAAGACAAACUGCUGCCAGAUGACUUCGAGGUGGAGAAUAAAUCAUACGUACAACACACACUCACAAAUGUUUUUCUCCCCCUCCCCCCAUAUCACUUUUGGUGGCCCUUGACAGUUACUCACUUUAUGUGGAAGCUUCUUGUACACAAAAUGUACUGACCAUGAGUGAGAAGACUUCAGCUCUUUAAAAUCUAAUCUGAGACAGACAAGAUCAAAACCUACUGAACUAAUAAACACACAAACACACACAAAAGACACUUGUAUAGUUGGGAGAAACACAGAAGUGUGGCGAAUCUUGACGCAGAACAGAACAUCUUAAUUUAUACUCUACAGUCAUAAAGGUAAACCAAACAAUUCCCUUUCCAUAAACCACCAUUCCUUUCCCACUCAGAAAACUAUGAGUAACAAAAUGAUCUCUUGUACAUUGCACUGCAGUCUGGGUCAUCGGUGCUCAGGAGGAUUGGACUGCAUCUCAUGUUAGUACUGCAAAAAAACAGACUUCCAUCUUAAUUUUUAACGACUCCAGAAAAUACCCCAGGUACCUAAACAGGCGCCUCCUAGGUCUAAAUUUCAUCCUUUGCCAAAAUAACAGGGACGGCAGUGGGAGCAAGGCGGGUGUAAUCCUCACGAACAAAAAAAAAGAAAAAAGAAAGUAGAAGAAAGCAUCUAGAACAAAAACAGACAGGUUUACUAUUCCUCUGGUGAGCCAAGCAAAUGAGAUCACUCAGAUUAACAGAAGAAAAAUAACUACGCCGAUAUGCUCUAUAAACUGGAAAGUGAUCUGUUGCAGUCUCUAGAGUUCAGGGAGAGAUGGCCUGAAGUAUGUGCAGUGACAGCAAGAGGCCACUAGACGGCAAGCCAAGGGUGUCGCAGACAGUCUGCAGCAGUGGCUCUUUUCUCUGGCAGGAGCUCCAGCAUUGGAAUCAGGAAA